AUGUUCUCCUCUCACUCAUCACCCGAAGGCACUCUCUCUGUUACCAUUAUUGAAGCACGCAAGCUUCACGGCGAAGACCUCAUUGGUAAAAAUGAUCCCUAUGUUGAAUUGUGGUUGGAUGAGAAGUACAAGCAGCGUACCAAGGAAUUGAGCAACACCAACGAUCCCGUCUGGAAUCAGACUUUCACUUUCCCCAUCGAAGGCGGUUCCUCCGUCCACAAAUUGUAUCUCAAGGUGCUUGAUAAGGAUCCCAUCGGUUCCGAUAAGAUUGGUGAGGCCAAGUUGGACUUUGCCGACGCUUUCCGCGGCAGCCCUAUCGAUACCUGGGUGAAAUUGCCUGCCAAACUCGGUUUGACCAGCCAUGGUGAAGUCCAUGUUUACAUCCAGUUCAUCCCCAACUAA